AUGCAGAAAGAUCCCAGGGAUGUGAACGGGGGACCUUUGAGCUGUGAGGAAGUCCAAAAACAUGCUGAGGUUAAGCUGUUUGACACCCACCCGGAGUGUAAAGAUGCCUUCUUAGUGUUCAGAGACAUCGAUGAUCUGGAAACUCUGAGGAACAGCAGAGAGCUGAGAGCCCAUAGCCUCAGCAUUAUGUCUUUCAUCGAGAAGACUGUCGCAAGGAUCGACCAGGAUGAGCUUCUUUUUGAGCUGAUUUUGGAUCUGGGCAAGAAGCACUACCAAUACAACGUCCUACCAAAAUACUACCAAGCCAGUCUAGCAGAGUUUAUUCAAGCUGUCCAGCCGGUCCUGAAGGAGCACUGGAGCUCAGACCUGGAGGAGGCGUGGAAGAAGUUAGACAGUUAA